UCGGCUGCCGCCAUUUUGUUAUCGUCGGCCUGCCGGGGCUCGCGGAAGUGGCCGCCGGUGGGACGGGAAGGGACGGGGCUCGCCCGGCUCCUCCCCCGCUGGGGCAGAGAGGCGGGGACUCAGCGCGGCGGAGCCGGGCAGGGCCGGUGAGGCUGAGCGCGGCCCGGCCCGGCUAUGUCGGCGUUCUCGGAGGCGGCGCUGGAGCGGAAGCUGUCGGAGCUGAGCAACUCGCAGCAGAGCGUGCAGACCCUGAGCCUGUGGCUCAUCCACCACCGCAAGCACUCGGCGCUCAUCGUCAGCGUGUGGGAGCGGGAGCUGCGAAAAGCAAAACCAAAUAGGAAGCUGACAUUCCUGUACUUGGCCAAUGAUGUCAUACAGAACAGCAAAAGGAAAGGACCAGAAUUUACAAAAGACUUUGCUCCAGUAAUAGUGGAAGCUUUUAAGCAUGUUUCAAGUGAGUCUGAUGAGAGUUGUAAGAAACACCUUGGCCGAGUGCUUUCUAUCUGGGAAGAAAGGUCUGUUUAUGAAAAUGAUGUAUUAGAACAGCUUAGGCAAGCUUUGUAUGGAGACAGAAAGGUGAGGAAGCGCACAUAUGAACAAAUAAAAGUUGAUGAAAAUAACUGUUCCCCUCGAAGUUCUCCCACUGACCCUCCACAGACCACAGAUCUCAUUAGAGCAUUACAAGAACUAGAAAACGCUGCCUCUGGGGAUGCAGCAGUUCAUCAGAGAAUAGCGUCUUUGCCUAUAGAGGUCCAAGAUGUGUCCCUGUUAGACAGAAUAACAGAUAAGGAAUCUGGAGAGCAACUUUCCAAAAUGGUAGAUGAUGCAUGUAUGUUGCUGGCGGAUUACAAUGGCAGGUUGGCAGCUGAAAUAGAUGAUAGAAAACAACUAACUCGAAUGUUGUCAGACUUUCUCCGAUGUCAAAAAGAAUUCCUUGCAGAGAAAGAACAUAAGCUGGAAGAGUACAAACGCAAGCUAGCCAGAGUGUCCCAAGUACGGAAAGAACUCAGGUCACGCAUCCAGAACCUGCCUGAUCUCUCUCGACUUCCCAACGUCACGGGCAGCCACGUACACCUACCAUUUGCAGGAGACAUCUACAGUGAUGACUGACUGCAGGAACAUCCUUCCAUAACCUCUACUGUUCUGUGAAAUGAAGGGUAGGUCAUACUGAGCGCUACACUUGUAAUAUUAUUUUUGUAUAUUGUUGGAGAGUGUCAGUAAAAGUACUCUAAUAAUUAAUUUAUAAAAAAUGGUUUAACAAGCUGAUUUAUUUACUAUUUUAUUGGCAAGUUAACAUAAGGGUACAUUUAUAAAAGUGGAAUCGGUGUCUAUUACAUUGAAGAAUGGAUAAUUAUCUUAUAUUUUGUAAAGAUUUUAGUUGGAUUCCCUGUAAAAAAACAUGCUAAGAUUUUUCUUAUGUACCCUAUAUUUAAUGCAGAUCAACAUAUAAUCAACACAUACUUCUAACUCGAGACUUUUCAGUUGCUAGUGAGGGAGUGAAAUAUGGAAAUUACAAGCUUAUGUUUGCAAAAGGUUGAUGCAAUUUAACUUGAAGGUAAAAGUGAUCUUGCUGUCCACUGCAUUUAAAUUACCCACCUCCAAAACAAGUCAGGUGCGUUUUUUUUGAAGGAAAUGUUGGUGACUUGUUUCUGUAUUUGAAAACAUAAGUCCUGUUAACACUGAGGAGAUCUGUAGUUUACUCAAAAUAUUAAACUAUUUUAGUGUAAUUCAAAAUUCAGCAUAAGAAACUAUACAGUAAUUAUGUUUGAAAAUGGUAACUUUUUUUUUUUUUACAGAUACUUGCUUUCUAAAUUGGGAGACCAUUAAUUUCUAUUCUAAUCCCUUUCUGGAACAUCUGUCUCCAUCUAAAAAAGGUUAAUCCCAGAAAUGUGAAGCCAUUUUAUGGCUUUCAUUAAAUUGAAAGGUCAGUCUCUAAAUGGUCACAAUUGUUAAAUGUCCAUUAUUAAAAUUAGACAAUGCUGUGUGCCAUCCAUACAUGCAGGAACACAAUGAUAUAGCCAUGCUGUGCAUCCUCUCAUACUGAGAAAUCACAGAGGCCAGGAUGGGCUUCCAGCCCCCUACCUCUACUGACUCCAGCAAAUGUUUCUAGGCCUUGGUCAUCUUUUCUCACAGAACAAGAGGAGACAGUUCAGCACUGUGUAUAAGUCAAACAGUAGAAAAUUACUACCAAGUGCCUGUUUUUUAAAAAGUCCUUUGCAUGGCACAAUGUGGAAUUUGCCUACAGGUAGUCGAAUUUGUAAUAGGUUCCCAUACUGUGUACCAGCUUUUAAGUUCAAUUAAAAACUUAAAGAUGUAGACUGGUAUCUAGCAGAUUGCCAAUCGGAAUUAGGCAAAUAACUGUUGAGGAGUUAUUUUUAUAAAAAUACCUACAUGUACCUUGGGCAUUUAGAUGACCUUAAAAACCUGGGCUGCGAGUGUUUGAGUUGGGUGCACCGUCAGAGUAUUUAAUGAAUGCAUUUUGUUCAUGGGUUUGCAUUUGUCAGGCAUUCUUUUGCAUCAGUUAAGUACACAGUUCAAAGAUUUAACACUUCUUCUCACAUGAAAGCAAAUUUUGCUAGAAAAGUCUAUUCUUCCUUUUCAAAAACCACAACAAUUCAAAAUAGUCCCGGAGUUAAAUUGUUGGAAAUAGUGAUGGUUAUUGACUUAUACAGGGCUGGUUGCUAGAAUACUUGUUGGAUGUGAAUGAAGAAUAAUGUCUCUUUAAAGCAGAUAUACUUGAAAAUAAGCACCUCAGUCCAAUUAUCUUUUGUCAUGGAACUUGCCAUGAAUUAAACCUCAGUUAAGUAGGGGGAAAAAACCCUCAAAAGAUAAAAAUACAAUCUGUCGACAUAACAUUCCAUAGCAUGCAAUGUAGGAUACAAAUUUCAUCAAAAAUUCUGAAUGACAGAUAGGAAUGAUGAAAACAAUUUAUCAGAGAUCACUGUCUGUCCAAAGGUUUGUAAGUGUGUAAGAGUGGCAGUUUUCCAUUCCAUAGGAAAAAAAAAGCUAAGUAUGAUGAGUCCAGGGGAGCCUUUCAUUAGUUUAAUAUGCAAAAUUAACUAACACUUACUGGCAUUUUUUCAGCACAGAUUCUUGAUAGGAAAAUGAAUGUUCAGGUGCAAUGUUAAUCUUUUAAAUAUUUCUGUUCUAGUAUAUUAAACAGCUCAUAAAUUCUUACGUAUAUGUGCAUUACAGUUGCAAUGAAAGCUCAGUCUUGCUUUUAUCAGCAAAUUUGUGAUAAAUAUUAAAGCAGCUUAAGAAUUACUAAGAAUUACAAAACAAAUCAUAAAUAAAAAAGGAUAAAUAGUGCAUUUGAAGUAGAAUCUCAUCCAUGGAAAAUUUUAUUUGUACACAGAGGUGGUAAUAAAUGCAGUGGCAUGGCUUGUUUAGAGUGCAUUGAAGGACCUGAGUCUUGGGUACUCAAAACCAUAGGGAAUUAAAUAUUUUUUUGCUACCUUAAUUAAAAAAAGUUGUAAUAAUAAUGAGUUUCCUUGAUCUCUUCAAGGUAUUAACAAAGACACAACACUUACUUCACUGGACUUCUUUUUCCUGUUCAUAAUUCUGCUUAUCUACAGGUAGUGUAGAACUGAUAAAAUGAUGAGGAAAAAAAUCUCAGCUUCUUCUUGAUGUAUAUAAGUUUUAAUUUUGAGAGAGUGCUAUUUUCUGGAUAUAUUUUUCUUUAUUUUUCUGUGCAAUUGUUCACUUCAAGGAAUAUUUCAUAGCUGGGUUUUUGGAAAUGAUCCCUCAACAUUUGUUUGGAAAAGAGGACUUGUGGUAGGUAAAGGACUCUCUUACAGCAAGUGUCAUAUAAUUAGUGGCCGAACGAUACGUUGUUUUAUAUUUAUAUGGGAAAGGCAUCAGGUAUCAAUUAGUCAGAAAAUUUGUAUUGUAACUGUCAUAGUAUAGCAGGAGAUAACAUGGUAUGAUACAAAUGGAGCCCUCUAAGUAUGAAAAAUACCUCCAAAUUCUCAGGUUCCAAAGCUUAACAUGUGUACUUCUGACAUCUCAGGAAGAAAAGAGGCUGGGUGGGGAAAAGAAGGGUGCUGAGGAGCUGAAAGGGAGAUCCUGCCUGGGUGGAAAUGGAAAGCAAAACAAAUGUCAGCUUAUUUCAAAACAGAAAUAACAGUGUGGAACUGGGCCACACAAUGUUUUAGCCCUAAAUGGGAUUAUACAGAACUACUUGUACUACGUGUUGCUACCCAGGAAAAGGAAAUGUGUGGGUGUACCCUGCCUGUCUCUUCUACAUGGUCUGAUUCUACUCAAACCAGAAUGCCCACCCUACAAAAGGCACAAUUAUAAAAUAUCUGAACAGUAUUAAUCUAAUAAUAAAAACAUAACAGUUACAUUAUUUGCUUCACUAGAUUGCACUUUUAUCAAGCAGUGUCUGAAAAAAGUAAUGGAAUUCCUGCAGCCCUUUGCCAUAGGAGAAUGCAUACCAUGGAGGUCACUGGGACUGCUUGUAUAUUCUUGUGUUUGCAGGUUCAAGCUGUGUUUCUGCAGAAUGCUUUAAAAUAUAUCAGUAAUAUUACUCCACUUCUGUGGUUUUAAAAACAAAUGUGAAGUCCUUAGUUACAAAAAUUACCAUUCUUAGAAAAUGUUUGCUUUUGAAAAUUAAGCUACAGCCUGCGGCAACAUUAGCUUGUCUGUGUCACUCCUCUGUUGAUGUUUGUAUUAAUAUAUUAAAACAGCUCAGUUAAUCCCUAACAACACAAGCCAAACUACAUGCUUAUUAUGUACUUUAUCAGAGUAGUCGUCUGAAUGUUGAACUGGCAGCUUUCAUGAUGAUAAAAUUUCCUUCCUGCUUACCUCAAGUUUAAAAAGACGACGUGUUAGGACUUCUACAGGCUAAUAGUGCUUUCACAAGUCAGCGGUAACUCAGUUUGGUACUUCCAAGCAUGACUCAAAAUACAAAGAUAGGAUGCAGUAGCCUCGUAUACAAAUGACUUUGGAAGGUGUGGACAUUGUACACAGGCUUGAUUAGCUCUUAACAGAAGAGCUGGAUUUCAGCCAUGUAAAACAUAAGCAAAUAGAUUUGUGGAUGAGCGUUUUGCAGUGGAAAAAAUACUGAAGUAAGAAACCAGCAGUCUAAAAUGGGACAGUUACAUCUAUAAAUAAUUAGGCAGAGUUCUGCUAAUUCCUCAUGCAUAUAAUCACAGUGACUGUUCCUGCAAGUAAAGAAAGCAGCCUCAAAUGUAGUGUCUGAAAUGGAUUUUUUUUUUUCCUUUUAAUGAAUGACCAAUUUUGUUUCAGCACCUAUUUUAGCGUGUUAUCUUAAGUAGUAAAUCUCUUCCAUCUUGUUAUUUAGAAAUCUGAUUUCAUCUUUAUGAUGUUUAAAAUAUCCUACUAAGCAUGAUGUUUUUGUGGGAAUUUGCAAAAGUUCAAUAGCACUCGUUACUUGUUUGCAGCAGAAAUAGACUCAUUUGUUAAAAACUAACAAGAAAAGUUUGAAAUGUAAAGAUGUUUCAUUAUUGUGCUUUUCUGACGGAACGUGUAAUCCUUGUGUAAUUUAUGUCCUCGGAAUAACACCUGUAUGUACACUCUUUCAUAUUUAAUAGAAUAAAACAUUGUUGUAAAAACA